GUCGUUUGCUCAAUGAAGUUCAUCCAGGCAGCUGCCGGCAGCUUUGUGGCGCUUCUGUGUCUGGCUCCUUUGAGCCAGGCCUUCUUGCUGAGGCCACAGAGGGCACCCCUCGCAUCCACCCGCCCAUCCCACCAUGUGCGCUACGGGCACGGCGUGCAGUGCACGAGGCUGGGUCUGUGGAUGGCGGACCGAGUGCCAUUCAUCGGCGGCAACUGGAAGUGCAAUGGCACCAAGAAGUCAGUGGCAGAUCUGGUCAAACUCCUCAACGAAGGUGGCAACUUCCCUGACAAAGUGGAGGUGGGCGAUGAGAUGCAGGCAAUAAGCCGCUUCCAUUGUGGUCUGUCCGUAUCAGGUUGUGGUGGCUCCUCCCGCCUUGCACGUCGGCUACGUGCAGGACAGCAUUCGCAAGGACAUAUCGGUCUCAACGCAGAACGUGGGUCUGCCCAAGGCAUACGGCGCCUACACGGGCGAGCUGUCAGGCAAUAUGAUCAAGGUGCGGGAGGAAAGCGAGCCGUCAUACAUACGGUCAAUCUUCACCCUCCCGCUCUAUCUACAGGAUUUCGGUGUGAAUUGGUGCAUUACGGGUCACAGCGAGCGACGGGAAGGAUUCGGGAUGGCGGUGAGACAACUGAAAAUUCGCUUCCUGGCUCGGAAGCCGCAGUGGGUUGUCUCUCUGUGUGGCCGUGCAGGGCGAGUCGAGUGAGCUGGUGGCUAAGAAGACCAAGGCUGCCCUCGAGCAGGGGCUGAAGGUCAUCCCGUGUGUGGGUGAAAAGAAGGAGGAGAGGGAGGCCGGCAAGACCAUGGACGUCAUCAGCGAACAAAUGAAGGUCCGCAGCAGAGAAUGGGGUGCCGCAUUGCGUUUUGCACGGUUCUUCGUGUGAUCUCUCUGUGUUGCAGGCAUUGGUGGCUGAGCUGUCGCCCUCUGACUGGUCGAAUGUGGUGGUUGCGUACGAGCCCGUGUGGGCCAUCGGCACCGGACUCACCGCAACACCACAACAAGCACAAGACACACAAGCAGGUCAUUUCGAAAGAGAGAGAGAAUACGAGGAGGGAAUGCGCAUCGAGCUGUGCUCUCUUGCCUCUGAUCCAUUCGUUCAGACAUCCGCAAGUGGAUGGCAGACAACAUCUCCCCCGAGGUGGCGGCCAGCACCCGCAUCAUCUACGGAGGGUCGGUCAAGGCAGGAAAUGCGGCGGUGAGGACAGCUGGAGCAGCCACAGCGACAGACGUAGGCUCACACUGAUGUCCAUUGUUUGCUUCUGCAGGAGUUGUUUGCCGAGCCUGACAUCGACGGCUUCUUGGUGGGCGGUGCGUCACUCACUAGUGACUUCAUCGCUAUCAUCAACGCGUCGACCACGCCCAAGAAGGCGUGAUGAGUGACUGACCCUCCUGCCCUGCAAUGCGAGGGCCACUGCAAUGAGGGGAUUCUUCGUGGUGGGGGUUCAUAGCUCGUGUGCGUGUGGUUUUGAGGGAUUUUUGACAGAUCAUGGUACCUGAGGAGUGCACAGUGGACAGGCCAAUCGAUUGAAUGCACCAUGUGUGUGUCUCUCUGUCCAUCCAUCCAUCUAUCCAAUCCAUCC